AUGGCUGAAGUGGUUCCUGGAAUCCACACACCGCCAUUGCAGCUAACCAAUAUUGAUCAAGAUAUUAGAGCCGAUGAAGAACUACAAGAUGUUGAAAAUUUGCUUGGAAUGGUGGUGCACAGUGAGGAGGAAGCAUAUAAAUUGUAUAAUGAUUAUGCUAUACGAAUUGGGUUUAGUGUUCGAAAAGAAAAACUCAGAUAUGCAAAAAAUGGUGUAAGACAGAGAGAGUAUGUGUGUUCGAAAGAAGGGUUUCCACGAGAUGGUGAUCAUUUGGAUGAUAAGAAAUUCAAAAGAUUACAAACUAGGACUGGUUGUGAAGCUAGUAUCCGGUUUACAGUGACAAAUGGUGAGUGGAAGGUUACUCAUUUCAAUCCUAAUCAUAAUCACGAGCUUGCAAAGCCUAAAGAAAGACCGUUUUUAAGGUCGAAUCGAAAAAUAACUGAUGCUCAGUUAGGUGUAAUAAGAACUUUCAAAGAAGCAGGCAUAAGAACAAUAAGUUCAUAUUCCUAUUUAGUCGAGGAAGCUGGGGGAUUUGAAAAUGUUGGGUUUAUAAAACGAGAUUGCUAUAAUGCGGUGAACAAGCAGCAGUUAAUCAAUGUUAAGGCUGGAGAUGCUCAAAGUUUAGUAAACCAUUUUAAACAGAAGCAAGCAGAAGAUCCUAUGUUUUUUUCUGCAAUUCAAGUUGAUCAAGAAAAUUGA